GGCUCGUGGUGGGUGUUCCGCCCGCCCCCUCUCGUUUCUCUCGGACUGAAGACUUCUCGGCUCGUUCGUCAGUCGCCUGUCAGCGAUACUGGCAGGAGGUGGUUGGAUGAAACGAGCUUCGGUUACCGUGGGCGUUGCUUUUUUUUUUUUUGAGAGCGAAAACAAAACAACAACACCACAAAAUUACAAAAAAAAACCCCAAAUGACAGACGUUUACCUGGUCGUUGUGGGUCAGUAUUAUCAGAGUUUAUUAUUUAGCUGGUCGUUUGUUUGAGCGAAGCAGUCGUUCAAAUUGUGGCUGUGUAAAGAAAUGGUGUCGGACAUUUAACUGAAAAAAAAAAAUCUACAGCGGCGACGUGACAGAACACGACAAGGUUGCUCACUGAUGUAAAAGCUGGAAGAUGUCACUGUGCCGGAGUUUGCUUAAACACAGCGACUCCUAUGCGGGGAGCUGCCAGACCGAGUCUGGGCCGGUGAUCCGUGUGCUUCUAUACUGGACCCUGGAGGGAAGGGAGCAGCACCUCACCUACACGGAGGGGAAGCGCACCGCCGAGGACAUUUGCAUCGACUCUGCCAAACUCAGCGGUAUCACUCCCCUUUUCCACAGCCUGUUCGCACUCUACCAUCCAGAGGAGAAGCGCUGGUUCAGCCCCAACCAUGAAUUUGCAGUGAAAAAUGAAGUAAACCUGAUUCUACAUUACCGCAUGAGGUUUUAUUUCCGGAACUGGCAUGGCAUGACAGAUAAAGAAGCAGCGGUGUAUAGAUCCGCUUUCAAACACUAUGAUUCCAGCGGAGGCAAAGGGAAGAGCGAGCAGGGGAGCCCUCUGCUGGAUCAGCAUUCCCUGGAGUAUCUCUUUGCACAGGGAAAGCAUGAUUUCAUCCAUGACGUGGUGUCCAUGAAGGAUCUCCACACUGAUGCCGAGCUGCACAAGUUUAAGAACGAGAGUUUGGGGAUGGCCGUGCUGCACCUGUCUCACCUUGCUGUCCUGUCCGGCCGCUCGCUGGAGGAAGUGACCAAAGAAAUCAGCUUCAUGCGCUGCAUCCCCAAAUCGUUUUGCCGGCAGAUUCAUCAAAACAACUACCUAACGAAGCUCCGCAUCAGGACUGUGUUCAGUAAAUUUGUGAAGGGCUUCAACUUGCACACAGUCAGCACGGGGAAGCUGACCCUGCAGGACAUCAUGUACAAGUACCUGUCCACGUUAGAGAGCCUGGCCCCCGGCAUCGGGUGCGAAGAGUUCCAGACCACGUCUCUGGACAUCCAGUCUGAGGGAGAGAGAGCCAACUUCUACGUGAAGGAUUUCUGGAGUCUGGGAAACCUGGAACCGGAAUGCAGCAUGAUACAGGGGAGCUCUCCGUCCCAUGUGGUGAUUGUGUCGGGAACUGAAGGAAUUCGAUGGAGAGAAAUAAGAAAAGGAGAAGGAGAGCCCGUAGAGAGCUGCGGCAACAGGAACUACUUUGCGAAAAGCAAAAAGCAGAAAGGGAAGAAGCAGCAGCCGCUCCCUGUGCAGCCUGCGGAGCGCAGCGAGCCACGCUGGUCCUUCUUCUGCGACUUCCCCGAGAUCACGCACAUGGUCGUGAAUGGAUUCAGAGUCAGCGUGAGCCGGCAGGACAACAAGUCGCUGGAGCUGGCUCUGAGGUCCAGCGCAGAGGCGCUGUCUUUCGCUUCGCUGGUAGACGGCUACUUUCGGUUGACGGCUGAUUUUCACCAUUACCUGUGCCAGGAGGUAGCUCCUCCCAGGGUAGUGCUGAGCAACGCCAGUGGCAUCCAUGGACCCAUGCAGGAAGAGUUCGCCAUUCAGAAACUGAAGAAGGAAGAAAAAGAAUUGGGCUUGUUCAUUGUCCGAUGGAGCGCUCAGGAUUUUCACAGAAUAAUCCUGACGGUGCUAAAUAGAUCGGAGAACAAUCAGACUGUCCAGCUGCACAAGCAGUUCCGCAUCCAGCAGAGGGGGAACCUGUAUUUUCUGGAAGGGUGGGAGAAAGAAUUCGAAAGCGUGAAGGAGCUGACUCGUAACCUGAAGACAUGCGUCCUCAAGUCCGGGGACGAGAGCUUUGUUGUGAAGAAGUGCUGCCUGCCAAAGUCAGGAGAAAUCUCCAAUUUGAUUGUGGUGCGGAGGUCUCCAGGCAGCAGUGUCCGACCCAUAUCGGGCUCUCUCAACCUGAGCCAGCUGAGUUUCCACCAGAUUCGCAAGGAGGAGAUAACCCAGGAAAGUCACUUGGGCAGAGGAACGAGGACGAACAUCUACACCGGGAAGCUCCACGUCUGUGGAACGGACUCGAACGAGGAUGGGUACGAGUGGAACAAUAAUAACAGCAGCACGAAAAUCCGAGUGGUGCUGAAAACAUUGGAUGAGAGCCACAAGGACAUAGCCCUGGCCUUUUUUGAAACAGCCAGUUUGAUGAGUCAGGUUUCGCACAUUCACUUCGUGUUUGUUCACGGAGUCUGUGUCAAGGGAUCUGAAAAUAUUAUGGUCGAAGAGUACGUGGAAUUUGGGCCCCUGGAUGUCUUCUUGAGGAAAGAGAAAGGGAGGGUGACACCGCAGUGGAAGUUUACAGUGGCCAAGCAGCUGGCCAGCGCUUUGAGCUACUUGGAGAACAAAAAACUGGUGCAUGGAAAUGUGUGUGCGAAAAACAUCCUGGUGGUGAGGAAGGGGCUGGAGGAGAGCAGCUCUCCCUUCAUUAAACUCAGCGAUCCUGGGAUAAGCUUCACGGCUCUCUCCAAAGAAGAGCGCGUGGAGCGUAUCCCUUGGAUCGCCCCUGAAUGUGUUCAGAACGUCAAUCACUUAAGCAUCGCCGCAGACAAGUGGAGCUUCGGGACAACCUUGCUUGAGAUCUGCUAUAAUGGGGAUCUGCCACUGAACGAGACCACCCUGAACGAGAAAGAGCGGUUUUAUGAAGCCAAGUGCCACUUGCCGGAGCCGUCCUCGAAGGAGCUCGCCAGCUUCAUCAGCAAGUGUCUGAACUACGACCCGGCGGACCGGCCGUCCUUCAGAACCAUCCUCCGAGAACUCACCGAGCUCCAACAGAAGAACCCCGAUAUAUCUUCAAAGAGCGAUAUUCUACCCGAUGCAGAUCCCACAGUGUUCCUGAAGAGAUAUCUGAAAAAGAUAAGAGACCUGGGAGAGGGCCACUUCGGGAAGGUGACGCUGUACGUGUACGACCCUAACAACGACGGCACGGGGGAGUGCGUGGCUGUGAAAUCACUCAAGCAGGACUGCAGCACUCAGCUACAGGCGGGCUGGAUGCGAGAGAUCGAGAUCCUGAAAGCGCUCUAUCACAAGAACAUCGUCAAGUACAAGGGCUGCUGUAAUGAGCUCGGAGGGCAGGUUGUCCAGCUGGUCAUGGAAUAUCUUCCUCUUGGCAGCCUGAGAGAUUAUUUGCCGAAGCACCGCGUGGGUCUGGGGCAAAUCCUGUUUUUUGCACAGCAAGUCUGUGAGGGUAUGGAUUACCUGCACUCUAAGCGCUAUAUCCACAGAGACCUCGCUGCUAGAAAUAUCCUUGUGGAAAACGAGAACGUCGUGAAGAUCGGAGAUUUCGGACUCAGCAAAUACAUCCCUGAGAACGCAGACUACUACAGGGUCAAGGAAGACGGAGACAGCCCCGUGUUCUGGUAUGCAAUCGAGUGCCUGAGAGAAAGCAAGUUCUCCUUCGCGUCGGAUGUCUGGGCAUUCGGGGUGGCCCUGUUUGAGAUCCUGACCCACUGUGAUAACCGGCAGAGCCCCCCCGCAAAAUUCUUCGAGAUGAUCGGCAACAUGCAAGGGCAGAUGACUGUGAUGCGUCUCAUCGAGCUUCUGGACCGAAAACGCCGUUUGCCUUGUCCUAAAGACUGUCCGCACGAGGUUUAUUUGCUGAUGGAGAGAUGCUGGGAAAGCGAUCCUGCACACCGUCCGGCAUUCACAGAUCUCAUCUCAUCCGUGAAAGAAAUAGCCAAGCGGUAUCGCCAACCUGCCACUGUCAAGCUAAACCUGAUGAGCCAGCCCUGAGGGUCAGCACCAGUGGACGCCGUGCUCCGACUAAUUACAUCCCACCCCAGCAUGGGAACCACUGAAUCGACCGCCUUCACCAGUUGCCUGUUUUUUGUUUUUUUUUUGUUUGCAAAUCUAUGGACGAAAUGCCUUCAAAAGGCAGAUAUUUUUUUAUUUUUUUUUAUAUAUAUAUAUAUAUAUAGCGCAGCUAAUGUGGGUUGCCAUUGUAAAGGUGAACUAGUGUGAAGUGAGUGUUGUACUGCUUCAGAUGUUUUUAAACAUGCACAUCUGUUCGGGGGAAGUGAUGAUCAUGCCAUGGGACUGGAUAUGCUUGUCAGCUUUCCAGCUUGGAACUCCGAAGUGCUUUUUGAUUCUGUCUUGGAUUUUAAACUUCUUCCGUUCAUCAGUUUGGUGACUAGCUAAAUCGUGCCAGGUGGUCGCUUGCUGUAGGCUGGCUGAGCUCAGUGCUGUCGUGGUGUAGUCGGCUGCUUUUCAACUGAGAGUCUUGGGAACCCAGUCAGCCUGAUCUUGAAGCAUAAAACGAACAUCAAAAAAAGAGGAGCAAAAAUGUAAACCUCGAGGUAUAACGACUUGACUGCGCUUUCCCGUGAUCUGUGUGGCCGCCUAGCAAGGUUUUAAAACGUUAUUAAUAUUUUGCUCCUCUCUGGCACACACACACACAAAAAAGCCAUUGUCUUCAAAAAUCAUGCAAUGUUUGCCUUUCUGCUGGAGUGAAUGACCGCAAUCUCUUUGCAGCGAUCCUGACUGCAUGUUCAGUGCUAAUCCGGAAUAACAGGAAGAUCUCAACUGUAGCGCAGCACUUCAGAACAUAUGGAUAAACAAUACAGGGCACAUGCUUUCUCCUUCAUACAUUAUAAUUAAUCAAAGCAAGAAUCAAGUGCAAUGUGUGUGUAUAUAAAUAAAAUAUAUAUAUAUAUAUAUAUAUAUAUAUAUAUACUGUGUAUUAUGUAAUAUUAUACUGCCUAUUAUAGCAUCAUUUUCCUUUUUAAGCCAUGGUUGAUAAUAUUGUCUCUGUUAAACUGUGUUAAUGGCUAUGCAGAAAUUAAUUGUAUCUUGUUUUAAGCACGGACCUACAGCUGUUGUCAAAAGUUUUGCAUCACCUAGAAUUUUAGGAUUCAGACACAAUAGUAGUAAUUAAUAAUUUAAAAAAAAAACUACACAAACAUCAUUUAGAUCUUUUAUUUAACAUCAUGUAAUCAAAGAAACUACAAAAUGAUAUUCUAAAAAAAGUAUACUGGAAGCCAUCACAGUAGUACAGUAGUAUUUCAUGUUAGCUUUUGAAAGGUCACAUUUCAGUUGUUCGUUUAGUAUGUGGAAAACUACAAAGCGGUGUGCAGUUCAAUAUGUGAAGGUAACAUUAUUCAGCAGGUUUCAUUCGACUCUAAGAAGAAAAAUGUGUUAAUUCUAUGGGGUGAUACUAAACUUUUGUCCACAGCUGUGCAGCAUAAUGAAGCCUGUGGGGGGGGAAAACGUCUGUGUGUUUACUAUUAAAAAUCAUCAUGUCUGA